AUGCCGGCAGCCCGCGCCGGGCCGCGCCGGGCCGCUCUGCGCCCGCAGCAUCGCGGCGGCCCGUGUGCGAUGAGCCGCCCACCCUUGGGCACCUUCUCCGCCCCGCUCGCCUCCUCCUCCCACGGAGCCACCCUCCUCCUCCGCCCCCUCUCCCUGCCAGCCUCCUCCCCGCCCUUCCCCGCACUCCACGCCGGUGCCGGAGCCGCGCGUCACUCGGGCUCCAGCCCCGCCGCAGACAUGGCGACACUGACAGCGGUCCAGCCGCUCACGCUGGACAGAGAUGUUGCAAGAGCAAUUGAGCUACUGGAGAAACUGCAGGAAUCUGGAGAAGUACCAGUACACAAGCUACAGUCUCUAAAGAAGGUGUUGCAGAGUGAGUUUUGUACAGCUAUCAGAGAGGUGUAUCAAUACAUGCAUGAAACCAUAACUGUUAAUGGCUGCCCCGAAUUCCGAGCCAGGGCCACUGCAAAGGCAACAGUUGCUGCAUUUGCUGCGAGUGAAGGCCAUUCACACCCGCGAGUGGUGGAGCUGCCAAAGACUGAGGAAGGCCUGGGCUUUAAUGUCAUGGGAGGAAAGGAACAAAAUUCACCUAUUUAUAUUUCUCGCAUCAUUCCUGGAGGAGUGGCUGAAAGGCAUGGUGGGCUCAAGCGUGGGGACCAGCUGCUUUCAGUUAAUGGAGUGAGUGUGGAAGGAGAGCACCAUGAGAAGGCGGUGGAGCUGCUGAAGGCGGCCAAGGACAGCGUGAAGCUGGUGGUGCGCUACACGCCCAAGGUGCUGGAGGAGAUGGAGGCUCGCUUCGAAAAGCUGAGAACAGCCCGGCGCCGGCAACAGCAGCAACUGCUCAUUCAGCAGCAGCAACAGCAGCAAACUACACAGCAAAACCAUAUGUCGUUGUUCUCGAGAAAGAAGAAGCCUCAAUCAAGAGUUCAGUAAUCAGGCAACCAGAGCUGUACUCUAAGAUUCCAGCAAAAGAAAACAACUACAGGAACAUGAAACAGAAUUCAUCUGGAGAAUGUACAGUACCAGACUAAAGUGAGUUGUAGGGAGGGCACCAUCAUGGUAAGGCUUUUCAGCACACAGUGGUCACAGAUACCUUUUACUUCUGUGACUGUGUUCCUAAUGAGAAGAGCAUGAUUGGUAAACCCUAUGAAACAGCGAAGUCCAGGGCUUCCAAAUAAUUCUGUCUGAUCUCAUCUUGCACUCCUUACUCUGACAAAUUUCUAGUUGGCUUUCUCUAGACACUGAAAGUUUUGUUUAAGGAGGUUAAGAUUGGCUGCUUUUGAGAGCAGGAUCUUUCUCUACAGUUAUCUCCAGAAAUGAAAAACAUCACUUCAAAAUUUUGCCACAGACAUCAAACUUGAACAUCACGCUUCAUAGCCACUUUGUACUAUAUCUGGUAGAGCUGUUUUAAAUCUAACUUCCUGUUUAUAAUUUUCAGAUUUCCCUCUGGAAAUAGCAAUUUACUAUAUUUAUAAAGUAUUCCAUUUGUAGAAGCAAUUGGCUUUUUACUCUUGGUGUUUCCAUAUAUUUUAUUAUGCAUCAACAGAGUGAGAAAGUUUUAGGUCAGCUUUAAUUUUAUUAGUAGUAAAGUUAGGGAAGCCUAGAACUGUAUUUUUAAACGUAGGUAUUGCUUGUAUCUAUUAUAGUUACUAUUCAGAAAUCUAUAACUGGAUAUAUUAUAUAUUUAUUCAAUAAAAUAUAUAUUGUCUGAAUGUA